UGCUCCUCUACCUCCAUCAAAGUGGAAGGGGGUGGAGGGUGCGACCAGAUCACCCCAGAUGAGGAGCAGAGGCUGGGCCAAGCCGGUUUCAUGCAGAGGCAGUUCGGAGCCAUGCUCCAGCCGGGUGUCAACAAAUUCUCCUUGAGGAUGUUUGGCAGCCAGAAGGCCGUGGAGAGGGAGCAGGAAAGGGUUAAGUCUGCCGGGUUCUGGAUCAUCCAUCCCUACAGCGAUUUCAGGUUUUACUGGGAUUUGACCAUGCUGCUUCUGAUGGUAGGGAACCUGAUCAUCAUCCCUGUGGGCAUCACAUUCUUCAAGGAUGAAAACACUACCCCGUGGAUUGUCUUCAAUGUGGUUUCAGACACAUUCUUCCUCAUCGACCUUGUCCUCAACUUCCGAACAGGCAUUGUGGUGGAGGACAACACAGAGAUCAUCCUGGACCCGCAGAGGAUCAAGAUGAAGUACCUGAAGAGCUGGUUUGUGGUGGAUUUUAUCUCCUCCAUCCCUGUGGACUACAUCUUCCUGAUUGUUGAAACCCGCAUUGAUUCUGAGGUGUACAAGACGGCCCGGGCAUUGCGCAUUGUGCGCUUCACUAAGAUCCUCAGCCUCCUGCGGCUGCUGCGGCUCUCCCGGCUCAUCCGUUAUAUUCAUCAGUGGGAGGAGAUCUUCCACAUGACCUACGAUCUGGCCAGCGCGGUGGUGCGGAUUGUGAACCUGAUUGGGAUGAUGCUGCUGCUGUGUCACUGGGAUGGCUGCCUCCAGUUCCUGGUGCCUAUGCUGCAGGACUUCCCUGACGAUUGUUGGGUGUCCCUCAACCGCAUGGUGAAUGACUCCUGGGGGAAGCAGUAUUCCUAUGCGCUCUUCAAGGCAAUGAGCCACAUGCUCUGCAUUGGGUAUGGGCAGCAGGCGCCUGUGGGCAUGUCAGAUGUGUGGCUCACUAUGCUGAGCAUGAUUGUCGGUGCCACCUGCUAUGCCAUGUUCAUCGGCCAUGCCACAGCCCUAAUCCAGUCUCUGGACUCCUCACGGCGUCAGUACCAGGAGAAGUACAAACAAGUGGAACAGUAUAUGUCCUUCCAUAAGCUCCCCGCAGACAUGCGGCAGCGCAUCCAUGAUUACUAUGAGCACCGCUACCAGGGGAAGAUGUUUGAUGAGGAGAGCAUCCUGGGGGAGCUGAGUGAGCCCCUUCGAGAGGAAAUCAUAAACUUCAACUGCCGGAAGCUGGUUGCCUCCAUGCCCCUCUUUGCCAACGCAGAUCCCAACUUUGUGACAUCCAUGUUGACCAAGUUGCGGUUCGAGGUGUUUCAGCCAGGGGAUUACAUCAUCCGGGAAGGCACCAUUGGCAAGAAGAUGUACUUCAUCCAGCAUGGGGUGGUGAGCGUCCUCACCAAAGGCAACAAGGAGACCAAGCUGGCAGAUGGCUCCUACUUUGGAGAAAUUUGUCUGCUGACCCGUGGCCGACGCACAGCCAGCGUGCGAGCUGAUACCUACUGCCGGCUCUACUCCCUCUCAGUGGACAACUUCAACGAGGUGCUGGAAGAGUAUCCCAUGAUGCGGCGAGCUUUUGAAACCGUGGCUCUUGACAGGCUGGACAGAAUUGGCAAGAAAAAUUCCAUUCUGCUGCAUAAAGUCCAGCAUGACCUCAAUUCAGGUGUUUUCAACUACCAGGAGAAUGAGAUCAUCCAGCAGAUUGUGCAGCACGACAGAGAGAUGGCACACUGCGCUCACAAUGUCCAGGCUGCCGCCGCCGCUGCCGCCGCAUCCACGCCCACCCCUGUCAUUUGGACUCCUCUGAUUCAGGCACCCCUGCAAGCUGCAGCAGCCACCACUUCUGUCGCUAUAGCUCUGACCCACCACCCACGCCUUCCCACAGCCAUCUUCCGUCCUCCAGUGUCUGUCUUGGGUUCCUUGGGGCAGCAAGCCAACCAGACUCCAAGACAGCUGAAAAGGCUUCAGUCUCUGAUCCCGUCAACUGGCCCUUCGGCCGUUGGCUCUCCCUCCAGUACUCCGUCCCAGCUGCACACCCCGGGAGCAGAAACCCCUUCGUCCUCUUCCUUCCACAUCCAGCAGCUCGCAGGAUUCUCAGCUGCCGCUGGCUUAGGCCAGUUCCAGGUGGGAUCCCCUCCAGGUGGCUCAAGCCAGCCGGGUUUGAGCGGUCCUGUGCAGCCGCAGCAGCCGCAGCAGCAGCAGCAGCCAGCCCUUUCAAGCAGUGGAUUUGGGCACUUCCAGCAAGCCACCACUAGCUCCCCAUCAACAUCACUCACCCAGCUCUCAUCAAACUCACCCCCGAGUCUCCUGAAUCAGUUCCAGCCUGCCACAAGACCGCUGCAGGGGGGACAGUUACAGCAGCUCUCGGGCAGUGGGACUUUGGUAGGAGUGAAUCACUUCCAACCCCCUCCUUCUUCCAAUUCUCCAUCCUCCAGCCUCAGCCAGCUGGCACAGGCCUCUGGUGGGUCGUCCUCGGGCCUGUGCCAAACACAUCCAAGUGCAUUAGGAUCUCUAACUGGAACGAUAGCCCAGCUCCACCAAGAACGGCCUCCUUUUGCCUCCAUGUCUCCACUACAACAGUCUGGUGUCGCCUCUCCCUCUUACACCCCUUCUGGCCUUAGUCCUCCUAGUCAGAGCCCAGUGGCAACAAGAACUUUCCAGUGUGGCCCUCCUGGGGCCUCAGGCUCUCACGGAUCUCUGCUCCUGCCUCAGACCGCCAGCCCACCUCCGCAGAUCCUGCACUCCAAGAGCACGCAGCCUGUGCCGCUGGGACGUCUGAACCAGGACAUCAAGUUGAUUUCUGCUUCCCAGCCAUCUUUGCCCCAAGAGCUGUCUCAGUCACUGAGCCAAAGUUCUCCCCAUUCCUCUAGAGAAUCUGUUUCCAGCUUCUCACCUUUUCCGGGUGGAGGGACUGGACUUCUUGGGAAGCCUUGUAGCUCAAUUCCUGGGCGUGUGACUUUACCACGUCAGAUGUCCUCAGGUUCCUUACCACAUCCACUGGUGUUUGGGGCUGGCGCUGCAGGCGCCGCUUCUCUGACUGCUGGUGGGCGGAAAGAAUCCAUAGUGCUCACGGGAGAUCUGGAACCUGUCAGAUCCAAACUGCCCUCCAAUUUGUGA